AUGUCUGGAGGCAAUGGUCUUGGAAAAGGAGGUGCCAAGCGUCACAGAAAGAUUCUUCGUGACAACAUCCAGGGCAUCACUAAACCUGCCAUUCGUCGUCUUGCUCGCCGUGGUGGAGUCAAGCGUAUCAGUGGUCUCGUCUAUGAAGAGACUCGUGGAGUUCUUAAGGUCUUCUUAGAGAAUGUUAUUCGCGAUGCUGUUACUUACACUGAACAUGCCAAAAGGAAGACAGACAGUUACAGCUAUGGACGUUGUCUUUGCUUGAAGAGACAAGGACGUACCCUCUAUGGUUUG